CCUAGGGAUGAUCUUCCCGGUCGCCCGCAGCGCGCUCCGCUGGCUGCUACGGCCGGGAGCCCGGACCUUGUCCCGUGCUGCCAUGGAGGUGGCCUUCCGAGGUGUGCGCAGAAUUCUCUGUGUGGCCGAGAAAAACGACGCGGCCAAGGGGAUCGCCGACCUGCUGUCCAACGGCCGCAUGAGGCGGAGGGAAGGAUUUUCAAAAUUCAACAAGAUCUAUGAAUUUGAUUAUCAUCUAUAUGGCCAGAAUGUUACCAUGGUAAUGACUUCAGUUUCUGGACAUUUGCUGGCUUACGAUUUCCAGAUGCAGUUUCGCAAAUGGCAGAGCUGCAAUCCCCUUGUCCUCUUUGAAGCAGAAAUUGAAAAGUACUGCCCAGAGAAUUUUGUAGACAUCAAGAAAACUCUGCAGCGAGAGACUCGGCAAUGCCAGGCCCUGGUAAUCUGGACCGACUGUGAUAGAGAAGGUGAAAAUAUCGGGUUUGAAAUUAUCCACGUAUGCAGGGCUGUGAAGCCAAAUCUGCAGGUGCUGAGAGCCCGUUUCUCUGAGAUCACCCCCCGAGCUGUCCGAGUGGCCUGUGAAAACCUGACUGAGCCCGAUCAGAGAGUGAGCAAUGCCGUGGACGUGAGGCAGGAGUUGGACCUGAGGAUUGGAGCUGCCUUCACUAGGUUCCAAACCCUGAGGCUUCAGAAGAUUUUUCCCGAGGUGUUAGCAGAACAGCUGAUCAGUUAUGGCAGCUGCCAGUUCCCAACCCUGGGGUUCGUGGUGGAGAGGUUCAAAGCCAUUCAGGCUUUUGUGCCAGAAAUCUUCCACAAAAUUAAAGUAACUCAUGACCACAAAGAUGGCAUCGUAGAAUUCAACUGGAAAAGGCAUCGUCUCUUUAACCACACAGCUUGUCUUGUCCUCUAUCAGCUGUGCAUGGAGGAUCCCACGGCAACUGUGGUGGAGGUCAGGUCUAAGUCAAAGAGCAAAUGGAGGCCUCAAGCUUUGGACACUGUGGAGCUUGAGAAGCUGGCUUCUCGGAAGUUGAGAAUAAAUGCUAAAGAAACCAUGAGGAUUGCCGAAAAGCUCUACACUCAAGGGUACAUCAGCUAUCCUCGAACUGAAACAAACAUUUUCCCCAAAGACUUAGACCUAACAGUGCUGGUGGAGCAGCAGACCCGGGAUCCACGCUGGGGGGCCUUUGCCCAGAGCAUUCUAGAGCGGGGUGGCCCCACUCCACGCAAUGGGAACAAGUCUGACCAGGCUCACCCUCCCAUCCACCCCACCAAAUACACCAGCAGCUUGCAGGGAGAUGAGCAGCGGCUGUAUGAGUUCAUCGUGCGGCAUUUCCUGGCUUGCUGCUCCCAGGAUGCCCAGGGGCAGGAGACCACCGUGGAGAUUGACAUCGCUCAGGAACGCUUUGUGGCCCACGGCCUCAUGAUUUUGGCCCGAAACUAUCUGGAUGUGUACCCAUACGACCGCUGGAGUGACAAGACCCUCCCUGUCUAUGAGAGAGGCUCCCACUUUCAGCCCAGCACUGUGGAGAUGGUGGACGGAGAGACCAGCCCACCCCAGCUGCUCACUGAAGCUGACCUCAUUGCCCUCAUGGAGAAGCACGGCAUUGGUACUGACGCCACUCAUGCGGAGCACAUCGAGACAAUCAAAGCCCGGAUGUAUGUCGGGCUCACCGCAGACAAACGGUUUCUCCCUGGACAUCUGGGCAUGGGGCUUGUGGAAGGCUAUGACUCCAUGGGCUAUGAGAUGUCCAAGCCUGACCUCCGGGCCGAGCUAGAAGCUGAUCUGAAGCUGAUCUGUGAAGGCAAGAAGGACAAGUCAGUGGUUCUAAGGCAGCAAGUCCAGAAAUACAAGCAGGUUUUCAUUGAAGCUGUGGCCAAAGCAAAGAAAUUGGACGAGGCCUUAUCCCAGUACUUUGGGGAAGGGACAGAGGUGGCCCAGGCCCAGCAAGAAGCCAUCUACCCGAGCAUGCCAGAGCCCAUCAAGAAGUGUCCGCAGUGCAACAAGGAUAUGGUCCUCAAGACAAAGAAGAAUGGCGGGUUCUACCUCAGCUGCACGGGCUUCCCGGAAUGUCGCUCAGCCGUGUGGUUCCCUGACUCUGUGCUGGAGGCCAGCAGGGAUGACAGUGUGUGUCCGGUUUGUCAGCCUCACCCCGUUUACAGGUUGAAGUUAAAGUUUAAACGCGGCAGCCUUCCCCCCACCAUGCCCCUAGAGUUUGUUGGCUGCAUCGGCGGAUGUGACGAGACGCUGCGGGAAAUCUUGGACCUGAGGUUCUCACAGGGCCCCCCCAGAGCUUCCCAGCCAGCCAGCCAGCCUUCUUACUACCUGCAAGCUAGCCAGUCCCAGAACAGAAUGGACAGCGCCCCCCGGAUGCUGCCCCCGCCCGCCGCCGCUGAUGGGGAAAGUAAUUCUGUGACCUGCAACUGUGGCCAGGAGGCCGUGCUGCUCACUGUGCGGAAGGAGGGUCCCAACCAGGGCCGGCAGUUCUAUAAGUGUGGUGGCGGUGGCUGUGACUUCUUCCUGUGGGCUGAUAGCAGCGCCCUGGAACCCAGGGGGCCUCCUGCCUCUGCACUGAGGCCUGCGGGCAGCUCGCUGGGCCACCCACCUGCCAUGGGGGACCACCGGGGUGGGUUUGGCAGACCCGGAGAUGAUGGUGGCAGGGGCAUGGCCUGCCUGUGUAGCCAGCCUGCAGUCACCCGGACUGUGCAGAAGGAUGGGCCCAACAAGGGCCGCCAGUUCCACACGUGCGCCAAGCCGAGAGAGCAGCAGUGCGGCUUCUUUCAGUGGGUGGACGAGAACGUGGCCCCAGGGACUUUCAGAACCCCAACCUGGCCAAGAGGCAGAGGAAGAACUCAGGGGCCAGAGGCCAGAAGCAAAAGAGCCCGGGCUAGUUCCGCAGACAUGGGGUCCACUCCCAAGAAACCCCGGAAAUGCAGCCUUUGCCACCAGCCUGGACAUACCCGUCCCUUCUGUCCUCAGAACAGCUGAGAGGCAGGGGUGGGAAGAGAAGGCUGCUUCCUCAGACCUACCCCUCAUCUCAUGAAUAAGCUGUUUUCACUAGGCGCAAGGGGUCCUUCCCUGACCUGGAGGCCUUGAGGAAAGUGGUGGCUUUGGAGUCUGACCCACUUGUGCUCUGGGGUCAGGAUCCAGACCAUCUCUGGUAGACAGUGAGCCUCGGCCUGGGGCAUCUCACUCCUGGUGCUGUGGGGCAUUUAGUGGCAGGGUCGGCGCAUCCCAUGCUGUGGUGUCCAGGGCUUUCUUCCCUUCUGGAAAGGCCCCUUGAGGGACCAGCACUCUCGGCACAAGCUCCGGGCAGCCUGGAGGGGGCUUCACACAUGGACAUUCUGAGAAAGGAGGGUGUAAUGUAAGAAUGUGGCUCUUGUUCUAAAAUUGUGUCGAAGAAGCUUUAUUAUUAUUUUUUUUUUAUCUAGAUGCCACUGUUCAAGACACCCCACAGUUCAUGUGCCUUAAUAAAGAUUUCUGUCCCUCA